GUCAUGGACGGGAGUCUGUUUGUGCUGCUUCUGCUGUCAGGGCUCUUGAAGACCACUUCUGGUCUUUCUCGUAAGUACUACUAUAUAAAUGCAAGAAUGUCGUGGCCAGAGGCUCAGAGUUACUGCAGAGCGAAGCACACUGACCUGGCUUUUGUAGACAGCAUGGCUGAUGCAAGCAGGCUGAUAAAUAUAGUGGAUGCUGGAUACAGUGGAUCAGUGUGGAUUGGACUGAAGAGGGUAACACAGAAACGCUGGGGUUGGUCUAAGGGAGAAGAUGCACUUGCACAGUACAAUGCCUGGAAAGCAGGAGAACCAAACAAUCAAAACGAAUGUGCCUUUCUUUCCUUUGGAGGUUGGCAAACUUACCAAUGCUCAUCUGUGAUUUACUUUGUGUGCUACAAAAGCAUUGGAUACAUCUUUGUACAGAUCUGGAUGAACUGGGUGGAAGCUCAGAGCUACUGCAGACAGCAUUACACAGAUCUGCCUACCAUCCGCAACUCUGAGGAACACAAUCAGCUCAAUAGUGUCGUUUCAUCGUCAGCAUGGGUUUGGAUUGGUCUGUUCCAGGACUCUUGGGAAUGGUCUGACAAAUGGAGCAACUUCUUCAGAUACUGGGCAGCAGGUCAACCAUCGCAGAGUUCAGGAUCUGGGGACUGUGUUGGCAUGUCAACCACCAGUUCUGGGACAUGGAUUCAUGAAAGCUGUGUUCUACAGCGUCCUUUUAUCUGCCAUGGAUGGCCCAAGUCUCCUUACCGCACCUACCAGUAUAUGAAUGAAAGCAUGACCUGGCAAGAUGCUCAGAGUUACUGCAGAGCGAGAUUCACUGAUCUGGCCACUGCUGACACCAUGAAGGAUGUGAACAGCCUGGUAAAUAUAGUGGAUCCUGGAUACAGUGGUUCAGUAUGGAUAGGUCUCCACACUGGGACAGAGCAUCGCUGGCUCUGGUCUAUGGGGGAAGGCACAAUCUCCAACUACAGUAUCUGGAAUCCAGGAGAACCAAGUGGUGAUGGGGAGUGUGUGAGGAGUUUUAAUGGAAGCUGGUAUGAUGAGAGCUGCAGCACCGUUUUCCCAUUUGUGUGUUUCAAUGACAGCACUGGUUUUAUUAUUAAUAAGACUGCUAUGACAUGGAGAGAUUCUCAGAGUUACUGCAGACAACACCACACUGAUUUGGCGAGUAUCAGCAGCCCAGAGCAGCAGAAUCUGAUCAGUAAUGAAACAUCGUUCUGGAUUGGUCUGUUUCUGGAUCCUUGGCAGUGGUCUGAUCAGAGGAAUCUCAGUUUUAGAUACUGGGAAGCAGAUCAACCAUCCCAGAGUUCAGGAUCUGGUGACUGUGUUGGCAUGUCAAGAAACAAUUCUGGAAAAUGGGCUCAAUAUAGCUGUGAUCUACAGCAGCCUUUUAUUUGCUAUGGAGCUGACAAGUUAAUUAGAAAACAAAUUUUACGGUUGAAAUUGUCCUGUAAUGCAAACUGCACAUUGAAUGAUCCUUCACUACAGACUGCCUUUCUAAAUGUAAUAAGUGAAAAGUUGAAGAGCAUGGGGCUGGAAAGUGACAAAAUGAGCUGGAUAAAGGGGGAAAGUGAAGAGGUGUUUCAUCUGGAGAGCAAACACACAUCCAAUUCAAAUAAUCAUUGUAAUAGGCAGUAA